UCCGUUGAUAACUUAACAUUGGUCCACUGUGUGGCUCGUGAAUGAAUGACAUCAUGCGGGCUUAUGUCGGUCUCCAUCUGCGACAUGACACCUUCAGACACUAACGGUGUGGAGUGAUGCAGCAGAAGUUGUGUUCCAGAGGUUCUGGUUCCUUCCUCUUGGAGAGGAACGUCCAGCCCUGUGGCAGCACCGCCACCUCCUGCGACCUCCCCUUCCGCUGCCCCCGCUGUGGCGAACAGGAGCGCUUCCGCAGCCUGGCCUCACUCCGCGCCCACCUGGAGUACCGCCACUCGUACCACUCGCCGGACGUGACCGCCGGCGGCUUCAGCAUCACCGGCAAACUCCCCGACCCGUUGACGGCGGCAAUCCCCUGGCACGACAUGAGCCUCCCGACCCGCAGGGGGCAGCAGAGCGCGUGGCGGCCGCCUCACGUCCGCUCCCUCAGUGACAGCAGAGACAGCGGGUACCCCCGCUCCUACAGCUCUGUGAGGAGACGCACCCAGAGUGUCGGGGUGGGGACGCAGGCUGAGGAGGAGGAGGACGACGAUGAUGAUGACGAUGACGACGACGAGGAAUUUGGGACAGAAGAUGAAGACGAGGAUGACGACGAUGAAAGUGAAGAGAGAGAUGGAGGUAGAAACGAGGAGGAUAUCAAAAUGUCCUUAAAAAAAUCAGACACAUGCCACCAUCACCUCAACCACCAUCGCCUCCCGUUCCCACUUUCAGCUCCUCAUGGCCCCCCAACAGACCUGGACCUGGACCUGGUCGAGCAGAACUCCUACUCCGGUCUGGAGACGGCAGCGGCCUCGGCCGCAGUGCGCCGACGACUGGCCCGAAUCCUGCGGGCGGCCGACAGCACCAUGCAGCGCCGGCUGGCCAAGGUGAGCACGGAGCUCGCCCAGACCGACACGGAGCUCCUGUGUGAGCGCGCUCACUCGCAGCACCUGGCCCAGGAGAGGCAGGAAGUGGCCGACAGGGAGAGGUCACUGAGCCGGCAGGUGGACGUGGCCGUGAUGGUGAUCGCCGCGCUGAGGGAGCAGCUCAACGCCUCGGAGAACGAGCUGGAGCGUCGAGAGAGGGAGGUGAUAACCAUCCAGAAGUUCCUGGAAGCAGCGGCUCGACAGGAGACGUGCGGGAAAGUUCGAAUCCAGCGCUUCAUCGAGAAUCUGCUGAGACGCAUCGCUCUGGCCGAGAGGCUGGUGGAGUAUUACCAGGUCAACGGCAGCCCGCAGCAAUGCAGCCACUACAAGUACCAGCAGCCAACCGAUAAUGGACCUCACAGAAUCACUAAAAGCAGGUCAGCGGGGGGUCAGCUGUCCUCGUCUGGCCUCCAUGACAACAGAAGCCACUCCUCCUCGCAGUUCGGCGGCCGUCCUCUGUUCUCCAAGGCGGGCGGCGGGGAGCGAGACCGCGAGCGGGAGCACCGCGAGCGUCUGGCCCAGUCGUCCCGGCUGUUCUGCCGACCCGAACACAGAGACGACAUCUGGAACCACCAGCGGCGCCGAUCGGCCGGGUACGAGGCGUAGAACUGUAGAGGAUCACCGGGGGAGAGGGGGCGGUCGGCGGGUAAAACCUCAUUUCAUUAUUCCAGCGUGGUAACCUAUGGAAAAGUACAGAACGGUCACAUUCACAUCCAGCUUCUCUGGAGCAGUUGUGUGUAACAUCUGGCCAGAUUUUUAGUUCAACAGAAUGUGAAGAGGUUCCAGUUCAAAGAGGUUUGUGUGUAAUGUUGCAGAGGAUGAAACGAAUAGAACUGAUGACAGGUUAUGUGACGUUGCACCUUUAAAACAAUACACUGAAUGUAAUUAAUUCUGGACUGAUGCUCCUAAUUAACUAGAAGGGUGCAGACGGGUCUUAAUUCUUUAUAAACCUUUUCUUGUUUCGGCUAAAAUCUCUAACCUGGCGAUAAUCGUUUUAAAAAUAUUAUUUUGACAUUGAACUGUUUAAAAAUAGACCUUUAGACUAAAUGUAAGGGAUUUUUCUGCAUACAUUGUACAGGAUGUUGAAAAAUGGGGAAACUUUAUUAGCAAUAGAUAUAAGGAUUUAAAAAAAACAGAAAAAAAAUAGUUUUAAGCAUUUUUAUUCCAAAUGUUUAUCGAUGUGAUUGACAACGAUCAGAAAAAACAUUUUUCAUUUAAUACUUUAUUUAAGUAUAAUGUAAACAUCAUUUAGCAUAUAUUACAUUAAAUGUACAAUUGCUUCUCCUAAAUGACAGUUUGUAAAGUAAAAGUAUUUUUUUAUAAAUCAUAGAAAAUAAGAAAUAGGAUUACACUUACGAGAGAAUACAUAAAACAUACACAUCACAGUAACUAUUACUGCGUAACAGGGUAAUGCAAUAACUAUGAUUACUGCAUGACCACAUUGACAUCACAUUGUAUUCAAGUACAUAGUACUAUAUUGUGAAGAUAUUGUAUUCCCAGCACUGUGUUAUUGAAUAUUUUUGUACUUUUCCAUAGAUUAUGAUGCUGAAACAGACGUUUGUGAAACGUUACACUGAGGGCUUUUUGAGUGUGGGAAGACUUUCAGUAUUCAAACAUAUAAUUAAUAACAGUUUCUAGAUUUUUUUUGUCUUAUUUGUCCGCAUAAAUCACAGUAUUUAUUGCAGUAUUAAUCUCAGUCUUCAGUGACACCUACAUUCUGAAUCCUGUCCUCUGUAUUUUAGAGACAUGUCAGGUAAAAAUAUGCUUUUGUAUUCAUCUACUGAGUUUUUAUUUACUGAAUUUUGAAGACGGUGGAAU